AUGACCGCCCGCUCCCUUUGGUACGUCGGCGGCGACGCCUGCGAGCUUCGGGACUGCAGUGUACCUGUCGUCGGGCCGGGCGAGGUGCUAGUCGUGGCGACGCACGGCGCCGUGUCGCGAGGCACCGAGUCGCUCGUGCUGCGCGGCGGCGUGCCUCCCUCCGAGCACACGCGGAUGCGAUGCCCAUUCAUGGAGGGCGAUUUCAACUACCCGUGCAAGUAUGGAUACUGCAGCGUCGGCUUCGUCGCCGAGGCCGGCAAGGGCGCCGAGCCGCUCCUCGGCCGGCAUGUCUUUUGCCUCUUCCCGCACCAGGACCGCUACGUGGUCCGGAUGGAGGCGGUGCACGCGCUGCCGGAGGGGACGCCUCCGUCGCGGGCUGUCCUCACGCCCAACCUCGAGACCGCCGUCAACAUCGUCUGGGACUCGAAGCUCAGCGUGGGUGACCGGCUCGCCGUGGUCGGCGCAGGAGUCGUCGGCUGCCUCGUGGCCUACGUCGCGUCGCGGGUCGCAGAUGUGUCGGUGCUGCUGUCCGAUUCAGGCGCCCACGCACUCUCCUAG